ACAGUUGCAUUCUCGUGACAGAACCUGGCCCGUUGACCACCACACUCAUGAGUCUCAUCAUUGUGGGCUUGGCCCUGGUCUCGUUCCUCUGGGCGGGGUCACAAGUGCUUUUUCUUGUUCGCAACUACAAUGCCGCAAAGUCGAUGGGCUUGCCUCUGGUUGUUGUGCCAUAUGAUCCCGAUGGUUUCAUUUUCGGAGUCGUCUCCGAGCCGCUGAAACCACUCCUCCGCCGGAUUCUGCCCGCCUCCGCUCGGCGUGCCUUUGAUCUUACACUAUGGGGCUGGGAGUUCCACGACAAGAGCGCCAUCCACGAGCGGCUCGGUCCGGCUUUUGUCAUUGUCACGACUUCUCUGAAUCGCUUCGUUACUGCUGAUCCGGCCAUGGCCAACGCCAUCCUUGCUCGUAGGCGCGACUUUGUUCAUCCAGACGUGACGACCAGCGUCAUGGGGUUGCUUGGCCACAACCUCGUAACUUCUGUCGACGAUUCCUGGGCUCGCCAGCGCCGCAUCGUGGCGCCAGCCCUCAACGAGCGGAUCAGCUCUGGCGUUUGGGCCGAAAGCAAGGAGCAGGCCAACGAGCUCGUCGACGCCUUGCUCUCUUCAACAACCACCGCCACCGGAGAUCCGUCUGCAUCCACCAAAGAGAGCAUUACCGGCCUGCGAGCCAUCGCCAUCAACGUGCUCAAGCGUGUCGCCUACGGCCGGCCCGCACCCUACGUGCUCCCGUCAGAGUCGGCAGCCAAGCCCGCCCCGCACGCCGACAUGACCUACGUCGACGCCAUAUCGCUCUGCACUGAGCUGCUGCUGUUCGCCGCCUUUGUGCCGGGUGCCAUACUGCGCCUGCCGAUCAUGCCCUACUCCAUGCGCAGGCUCGGCAUCGCCCUCGAGCGUCUCCCGAAGCUGACGAACGAUCUCCUCGACAACGAGCGUCGGGGCAGUGGCACCACCUUGACUAAGAAAGACGUAAACUUGGGCAGUGUUGCUACUCCAGCCGCCCCGGACACCAUCAUAAGAACCCUCGUUCGCCUCUCGGACGAAGCCAAGGAGCAAGAAAACAAUUGUGACCAGGGGAACCAGACCAAGGAACCUGACAGCGGAACCGUCGGCAGCGGGAAAUCGCAGUACCUUUCCGAGGACGAGAUCGCCGGGAACCUGUUCAUCUUCACGGCAGCCGGGUUCGACACGACUGCUAAUACGCUCGGCUUCGCAGUGACGCUACUCGCCGCACACCCACAGUGGCAGGCGUGGGUGCAGGCCGAGAUCGACGCCGUCCUCUACGCUGGGGGCGGCGGCACCGGCAAAGAGCUGCAGCUGCCAGAUUAUGCGGAGGCGUUUCCCAGGCUGCCGCGCUGUCUGGCCCUCAUGUUCGAGGUCCUCCGCCUGUUCCCAGCAGUGACGAUGCUUAUGCGCUCGACCAGCACGCCGCAGACCAUCCCCUGCUCCCGUGCCUACUCGACUUCCUCCUCCGACAACGACGAUGAUAAUGCCGAGCUAUCGACAAUCACUAUCCCUGCGCCCUGUGCCGUGUACAUCAACACCAUGGCCCUGCACGCCAGCUCUUCCGCGUGGGACGACGCAUCCGAGUUCAACCCUGCGCGCUGGAUCCAGCGCAUCUCCACGGGGAGCAACGACGACGACGACGGUAGCGACAACGAUGGAUCUCGAGUAAAGGCAGUAAACGAAGAAGUAAUAGUGGACCACAGCGCAGUCCUCGGUAUCCCGCGUGGCGGGUUCCUCCCCUGGUCCUCGGGCCCGAGGAAGUGUCCCGGGCAGAAGAUGUCGCAGGUCGAGUUCGUCGCCGUCAUCGCGACUCUCUUUGGGCGGUGCAACACCGAGCCCGAGAUCACCGGCGGAGAUGCUCUGGGUGGUGGCGCGGAGGAGGACAUGGAGAAGAGAAUGCAGGCCGCGAGGCAGAGGCUGCUUGACCUGACGCAGGACAGCCAGCCGCUGUUCACGCUGGCGAUGAACAAUCCGCGGGACGUGAGACUUCGAUGGACGCCUCGGUAAAGCGCAGGCAAGAUGACCGUGGCUUCAGGUGCGCCUGGGGCACGGCAUCGCGUGCAGCUGUGAAGACAGCGAGGGGAGCUGCAUAAGCAUUGCAUCGCGGGAACCUUAUGUGUCGACCAUUGAUAUGUUUACAAGCAUGGUACUACAGAGAUUACCAGCUGCAAUCACUUGAUCUAAUUUGUAGGCCCAAAGACCGACGCGGCCGUAGUACGGCUUGUGCGGAAAAGGCGAAAAUGUUUGAUGAAAUUAACAGUAGACUCUGUUCCAACUAUAAAACUUUAAUUAUUAUUUUUUA